GGGACGUCUUAUCGGGUCCAUCUGUGUGGAGAAUUAAUAAACCAAUUGAGAUAAUGAGAGAUUCAUCAGAGAUGUGGACUGCACAGCACCUUGAGAACGCGGGCUGUGUAUGACUAUUUAGCAUGAACCAUUUCGAUAUUGACUUCUGUGUACAGUCAAAUAAGAAAUCUAGCUUUUCAAAAAAUGAGUCCAAUCAGAAUUACAACUGCAGACAGUCUCGAUUAUCGUUAUAUACCCAUCACAAAAAACAGCGUUAGUUUAGGCAUUAAAGCUAGCCAUGAUGCAAGAAUUGCCUUACGGACGCAUCUUGGUAGUGACUCCAAUGUAUAUGAGAUUAUUAUUGGAGGCUGGGGGAAUACUAUGUCAGCAAUAAAAAGAAAUAAUACAGAACCAGAUGUGGCAGAAGCAGACACUAGGGACAUACUGAAUCCUGAAGAGAUAUGUGAUAUUUUCAUACAAUGGUCUUGCGAUGGACUAUUAAGUGUUAGUCGCGAGGAUGAUUUUGACAUGCCAUUCAUGUCUUAUAAAGACAGAAACCCAUUUGUCAUAAAUUACAUAGGAGUUAGUACUGCUUGGGGUGCAACCGGAGAAUGGAUAAUUGAAGAAUGCCAGUUUACAUCGCCUGCUAUCAGACAACAACUAAUGGACACGUGCCAUUUCUGGGUGGAUUUCAAUGAGGCGUUUGGACUACCUCGGAAUGCAGUGAUGGCUUCUGAGGAUGGUUUGUACAUCGGUAGGGCGCAUCAUCAAGGCACAGUGACCCCUGGUGGAAUUCGCGACAACAUCUGCACAAUCGCAUGGGGUGGAAAUGGUCACGAGAAACGAGAAUUCCAGGUGUUAUGUGGCAAGGACGUGAAUUGGGUGAAAUCUUGGGAGGGUAGCGUGCCUCUACAUGCCCUACCUGCCGGUGAAACUGAAGAUGGUUACGCUUUAUUCGUCGGCAGAGUAUUACACGAAGGAAUCUAUCACAUCGGCAAGGUACAACCGAAUCACCAAGUAUGUUACAUACCGUUGAAUGGCCAAGAAAUGCCCUAUCUGGAAUAUGAGACCUUGAUCAUUCAUGACAACUACGGAGUUGAAUGUAUCGGAAGGUAAAGCAACGAAGGACUUAGAGACAAAGUGUAUUUUUCCAC